AAGCCCUUUCGGUAAGGAUCCCGUUUUCCCUACUAGAACGACCGAUCCGCCCCCUUCACUCCCUUCCCGUCUUCUGAAAAAUCUAUCCCCUUUCGGGUUCUCCGUUGCUCCUCAACUCGUCCUCCUUCCAUAGCUCUGCUAUACACAAAUUCUCUGCUGAAACUUCCAACUUCACACAUUUUCUGGAGAAAAUCUCACAUCCAUGGAGCUGGCUUCAUCGACGCUCAUCAGGGGUUUCCGUUGUUUUCCAGCGAGAUUUCACACCGCCACUUCUGGGCAACAUCAAAGGCUACCAUCUCUCCAACACAAAUUCACAGGUUAUAACUUCGCAAGUAAUCAAGUUAGGCUGCAGUGGCCUUCUCUUGGAGCUGUAGGCGCUGAUACGACUGCAGUACAUAAUUUUUGUACAGAAGAACGGGUGCCACCUUUUGAUGCAUCAGAUUCCACAUCUGAAAAUGGAGAGCAGACAAAGAAUAGUGAGGAGAGGGAUGCGAAUGAUCACAUCAAGGCCUGGGAUGAUGAUAAAAUGACUCGAGUUUGUGACAAGCUAAUUGAUGUUUUUAUGGUUGACAUGCCCAAUCCCGCAGAAUGGAGAAAGUUACUAGCAUUUUCCAGGGACUGGAUUGAUAUCUGUCCUCACUUCUUCAAGCGUUGCCAGGACCGAGCAGAGAGUGAGGAUGAUCCUGGGAUGAAACAUAAGUUAUCGCGGCUUCGAAGGAAGCUGAAAGAGGUUGAUGAAGAUGUCCAAAGACAUAAUGAACUAAUCGAAUUGGUCAAGGGGGCACCAUCUGAGAUUGGAGCGAUUGUUUCCAGGCGUCGUAAAGAUUUUACUAGUGAAUUCUUCGUUCAUUUUUAUGCUUUAGCAAGUUCCUAUUAUGAAAAUCCAACUGAACAAAAUGAUUUGGUAAGACUUGGAGACAUGUGCUUGGCUGCGGUAGAAAAUUAUGAUGAGGCAUCUGAGAGUAUUGAGGCUCUGAAUACUGCAGAGUUGACACUUAAAGACAUUCUCAAUUCUCCUGUAGAUGUUGCGUGCCAAAAAAUAGACCAAUUAGCUCAGAAAAAUCAAUUUGAUUCAGAGUUGGGCCUUAUGAUGGCAAAAGCUUGGUCAACUGCCCAGGAAUCAACCAUCGGACAUGACGAGGCCAAAGACAUGAUGUAUCAUCUAUACAUGGACGCACUAGAAAGCAAUCAGAGGCGGACUCCCCCGGUGCUUAGGAUACUUCAGUAUCUUCUUGCGGUUAAGGAUCCUGAUGAGCUAUUGUGUGCUCUAAAUGAUGCGUUCACCCCAGAAGUUGAAAUUGAAGGAGAGGGGUCAGACCCCCUGUACACGACACCAGAGGAGUUGCACACCUUGAUGAAGACUCUGAUAGAUGUAUAUCACAGAGGAAGGGGUAAAAUUAUGCGGAAAGCUAAGGGCUUGUUGAGACCAAAGACCAUAAAAAAGAUGGAAGAGUUGAAGAUGUUAGUUGAGGAGAAAUUUAUGUAGCUGUUAGUCGUACUUGGUAAGAGCUUUAACUACAUCCUUGGUCUGAAAUUCAUCCAAGUUGAUUUGAGUUUCUUCAACUUCAUGCAUGUCAACCCCUUGUUAGGCUCCAUUCUUUAGACUCUACAAUGAUUAUGGAGACGGCAGAAUACCCGGUGCUUGAAGUUCAAUAGCUCUAAUGAUUCUGCUUGUGUUAAGCUUUGUUGGAAAUAAAUACUAGAUACGGAGAUACAGUAGAACUUGUAUACCCCGUUUGACAGAGUUGCACAAUAAUCUUAGGUUGAUUGUACUUUUAGCUAUGCAGAGGUAUAUGUCAGUUAUUGUGUAUUAAGCCUAUUAUCUUAUGUAUCAUGGAAUUUGAGUCGUUUGGUCAUUAAUUUGAGUCGUUUGGUCAUUAUUAUGAUG